CAUAUGUACUCUCGGUUCUCAGUUGACCAGACUAAGAUGUUCAUCUUACUGUGCUUGUUUUUUAUUCUAAGUAUCGCUGCAGAAAAACAUAAUUUUAUUCGUCCAAUAAAUUCGUCCAAUAAUACACGUUUAAAAAUAAUUAAGGGACACCCAAUAAAAAUUGAAGUUCGACCAUUUAUGGUUUCACUUCACUGCAGAAAUUUUUUUAUAUGUGGUGGAAGUAUUGUAUCCUCAUCUUGGGUAUUAACUGCUCAACACUGCAUUGAUCCACAAGAACCAUUACAUCAUUACUAUAUUCGUGCAGGGUCUCCAUAUUAUUACAAAGGGCAAAUUUAUUAUUUGUCUAGGAUUGAAAUGAUAAAUACCGAAAACGAGUCUGCGAAUAACGGUUCAUCAGCGAUUGAUUAUUUACCAAAGCAUGACAUAGCACUAUUAAAAGUGAGUCGAAAAUUUAAAUAUUCUCCAACGAUCCAACCGGCUAUGUUACCCCUUAAUGAUGAAAUUCCUUCUUAUCUUUGGGCUUCUGGAUGGGGUUUAACUGAAUUUAACGAACCAUCACCGAAAUUACGAAUAGUUGGGUUAAUAAAGAUACCUGAUAAUGCUUGUUUCAAUAUAUCUAGUUACUCUAGGGUAUUAUUGAAUGACCAUCAUAUAUGCUUUGGUAGUAAUGGUUAUGAUUCUUGCUCAGGAGAUUCAGGAGGGCCAUUAGCAAAUCGUGAUACAGUAUAUGGCAUAGUUUCAUUCGGAAUAACUAAGUGUGGAUUCGGUCCUGGAGUCUACGAAAAAGUUUCUUUUUAUACUGAUUGGAUACAGUAUGUAAUUAGUACAUAAUACAUUCUACAGUAAAUAAAUAUUAUUAUAUCAUA